UUUGAUCAAAGUGAAACAUUAGUGAUGUGAUCCAUUUCAUCAUCGAUAUCCAUUUCAUACAUUGUUUGUUUGAUUAGUGUUUGAAUGAUUCUCUGUUUCCGGCCAAAAUGAUGAAUGGCAGUGUGUUUUCCAUGCAAGUGAUCGCCUUUUUGGUGAUCGCUAUGUGUAUUGUUGUGGGUCGAUCGAGUCCGAUUAAUAAAUGUCAGAAUGUGAGACAAAUGUAUCAGUUAUCAGCGCAUCAUCACCAUCAUCCGAAUCACAAUCAUCAUCAUCCUCAUGCUCAACGAUCUCAACAAUUGAAUUGUGAAGCGAGUGCCAAUCCAUCCAGUUGUUGUCAUGGUUUGGACGAUAAUAUCGCAGCGAAAGCUUCCGAUGACUUCGAAGGCCAAUUGGAAGCCGUGUUAAAGAUGUCGACAUUUGAAAACCACUUCAUCGGAUACUAUAACCGUAUCCACCGCAAAUUGGAACGAAUUCUCAACGAUACCAUCGCCGACAUUGAUGAAUAUUUCGGUCCGAAUCAGGAUCGCAUUGUGCAGGCGAAUCGCCAGCUUGUCGAAUUGAUUCGUGGUGUCAUUUUCGAAUCGAAGCAUUUGACGCCCGUUCAAUUGGACGAUCACAUUGAUCAUCUAUUGGAAGCCAUUUUCAUUGGUGUUCUGCAGCAAACUCAUGAAAACAAAUUUCCCAGCGAAUAUGAAUCAUGUCUGCUGAACACGAUGAAGGAUUCGGACAUUCUUGGCAAAACUCGUGAAGAAAUGUUGUUUCGUUUCAGCCGUACAAUCGAUAUGGCCAGCCUGAUUGUACAUUCAUUAGAAAAUUCAUUACAAUUAAUCAAUCAAACGAGCGAGAUUAAGACAAUCAAACCGGAUUGCAUCAGACAAUUAUCACGAUCAUUUCACUGCUGGCAAUGUGCCACCGCAACAAAUUGGCCAUCCAUAAUCGGCACAUGUGCAUCAUCCUGUCGACAAACAAUGCAACAAUGUCUUCAACAAACGCAUCUCCAACGAUUGGAUUCCACCAUCAAGACAUUGCAUCGUUCAUAUCAACAACUAGUCAACCUGAUGGUCAACUAUUUCAACCCGGAGAUAUUAAUGUCAUCACAUCGACAAUCCAUCCAGCAGGCGCAGCAAUGGAUACGAUCCAAGAAUGACAAAAUAGCCAAAAAUGCUCGAAUUGCUUGUGGCUCAUUGAAACGAUACUUCCGUAGCGCGGGCAUCGUUAUGGCGACUGGGAAGAGUGGAGGAAACGCCUACGAUUUUUAUAAUUAUUCAUCAACAACAUCCAGCCCAGCCAAUGACCACUUGGAUGACAACAUUAAUGCUCAAUACAGUCUCUAUGUAUCGAUUCAAUCGAUGGCUCACCUUUUCGCCAAACACAAGGACAUGUUUGCCCAUUUGGAUGACAAAAUGUGUGGUCAGUACAGUGAUGAGAAUUGCUGGAAUGGAAGUCAUACGGUCAGUUCAUACCAGGGCAAACAACAUCAAUCAUCAAUAUCGUUGGCAAAUGCCAAUAAGAGCGAUGAUGCCAUGAUCAUCACCUUACAUGAUAGGGUGAAACAAUCGGAAACCACCAUACAGGAAUUGCUAAUCCACAAUCAACGUUCAUCAAGAUUUAGUCAAUCAAUGGCGAACGAUCAACAGGUCGUCGACGAUACCGACAAUGAUCAGCCGGACGAUGGUAGUGGAGAUGGCAGUGGCGCGAAUCCAAUGUAUGACGAUGAAGAUUACAAUUACCAGGAAAGCUCGGGCCAUUUACCACGGCUGUCCGACCAUGAUGAUCAACAACACGAGACGGCCAGCAGUACGGAUGAUACGAUCAGUACGGCCGAUAUAAUUAUCGACCCGAUCAACAAAGUAGUGAUGGCUAGCAACCCGAAACAACAUGCGGACAGUUCGGCAAUGCGAAUGGCCAUAAUGCCCAACCUGAUUGGCAUGCUGAUAUUAUCGUAUUCGUUGUGGUUGAUCGCUAUUUAGGGUUUUUGUUUCACUUUCUGUUGUUGUGUUGAAAACACUGUGAUAUAUUGUAAAUAAUGUUAAAUGGAUUGAAAAAGAA